AUCCAAUUUGCCGACCAAAAGCAGGAAUUCAACAAACGCCCCACCAAGAUCGGCCGCCGCUCGCUGUCGCGCUCCAUCUCUCAAUCCUCCACCGACAGCUACAGCUCAGCCGCCUCGUACACCGACAGCUCUGACGAUGAGACGUCUCCCCGGGACAAGCAGCAGAAAAACUCCAAAGGCAGCGGCGAUUUCUGCGUCAAGAACAUCAAACAGGCCGAGUUCGGGCGGCGCGAGAUCGAGAUCGCCGAGCAGGAGAUGCCGGCGCUGAUGGCCCUAAGGAAGAGAGCUCAGGGGGAGAAGCCGCUGGCCGGGGCCAAAAUUGUGGGGUGCACGCACAUCACAGCCCAGACCGCGGUUCUGAUGGAGACGCUGGCGGCACUGGGGGCUCAGUGUCGUUGGGCCGCCUGCAACAUCUACAGCACCCUCAACGAGGUGGCGGCCGCGCUGGCCGAGAGCGGGUUCCCAGUGUUUGCCUGGAAGGGCGAAUCUGAGGACGAUUUCUGGUGGUGCAUCGACCGCUGCGUCAACGUGGAGGGCUGGCAGCCCAACAUGAUCCUGGACGAUGGUGGAGACCUCACCCACUGGAUCUACAAGAAAUAUCCCAACAUGUUCAAGAAGAUCAAGGGCAUCGUGGAGGAGAGCGUCACCGGGGUGCACAGGCUGUACCAGCUCUCCAAGGCAGGGAAGCUCUGUGUCCCCGCCAUGAACGUCAACGACUCCGUCACCAAACAGAAAUUCGACAAUUUGUACUGCUGCCGGGAAUCCAUCCUGGACGGGCUGAAGAGGACGACGGAUAUGAUGUUUGGGGGGAAGCAGGUGGUGGUUUGUGGCUAUGGGGAGGUGGGGAAGGGCUGCUGCGCCGCGCUCAAGGCCAUGGGAUCCAUCGUCUACGUGACCGAGAUCGACCCCAUCUGCGCCCUACAGGCCUGCAUGGACGGGUUCCGGCUGGUGAAGCUCAAUGAGGUCAUCAGACAGGUGGACAUCGUCAUCACCUGCACGGGGAACAAGAACGUGGUGAGCAGGGAGCACCUGGACAGGAUGAAAAACGGCUGCAUCGUCUGCAACAUGGGGCACUCCAACACCGAGAUCGACGUG